UGCAGCAGCUCCAGCGGCGUGUGUGCUGGAUGCAGUCAGUCAGUCAGUGUUGAGUCUCACUGGGUUCGUGUUCAGCUGAGAGCAACAAACAUGAGUUUAAUUUCUGGAAACUAGAUAAAGUCAGAUUUGGAGUAAAACUGUAUUUUAUUUUUUCUUUCUUGGAGGUUGUUUUUUUUUCACGGAGAAGAAAAAAAAAAAGCGAAUAUAGAAAUCCAAAGCGAUCACUUUGGAUUUGAUGAGAAAGUCAAGAAGUCCCGUUUUUGAGGAGACCAGCGGAAUAUGAUUUGAGCUCAGGGAGUGUACACUGUUGCUCGCUAACAGGAUGAAUCUUUGCCCGCUGGAAGCUGUUCAUGCCAUCAUGCUGCUGUGGGCCCUGUGCCCCAGCGUGCAGGGCCAGUGCGAUAAAUCAGCCGAGACAUCCAAACUCAACCACUCGGUCACCUACGAGCUCCCAACGUUCACCACCGACUUCCCCAUUCAGAAUAUGGUGACACUGGACGGGAUCAUCUACGUCGGAGCCGUGAACCGAAUCUACGCCUUGUCCCCGAAUCUUACGAAGCUGUCAGAGUACCACACAGGGCCGCUGCUUGCCAACGAGACCUGCGGCCGGAAACUAAACAGCACGGGCGGUGGUGGCAGGGUGGACAACCACAACAUCGCCUUGGUGGUGGAGCACAUUUACGACAGGGGUUUAUACAGCUGCGGGUCGGCAGACAACGGUGUUUGUCGGCGCCAUGUCCUGGAUGAUGACAUUAGCCCGAAAACCGUAGACGAAGAGGUGUACUGCUUUGCUGCCAAGGUGAGAUCAGGCAAGGGUCAACCCAGCGACUCAGAUGUUGUGGUGAGCCCUUCCGGCUCGCAGGUGCUCAACGUGGAGAGUAACGUUAUCAAGUUUUUUGUUGGUAACUCUGAGAUUCCUGGCAUGAGAAACUUAUCAGGCAGUGCGACACAUCCCCACACCAUUUCCCUACGCAAGAUGAAGACGAGCCAAAAUGGCUUCACCUUCUUCUCCACCCAUUCAUACAUGGAUUUGAUUCCUUCUCUACGUGGAAACUACUACCUGCGAUACGUUCACUCCUUCCACAGCGGACCCUUCACCUAUUUCCUCACCGUGCAGCGGGUCAGCAGAGACUCUCAGGCCUACCACACCCGUAUAGUCCGCAUGUGCUCCUCCGACCUGGUGAUCCGCCGCUACGUGGAGAUGCCCCUCGAAUGCAUCAGCACCGAUAAGAGGCGACGACGCUCCACAGAACCUGUGAAGGUGUUCAACAUCCUCCAAGCGGCUUACGUCACCAAGGUGGGCAACGAUGUGGAACUGCAGAGGCAGCUGAAGGUGGAGGAGGGCGACGACGUGCUUUUCGCCGCCUUCGCCCGCGGAAAGCCGAACUCUCCGGAGCCGACACCCAACUCGGCCGUAUGCAUCAUGUCGCUGAAACACAUCAACAACAUGUUCAAGAUGUACAUGCAGAGGUGCAACACAGUGGACCCGUAUCACUUCACCGGAUCAGACAAUAAGUCCUGCUACAAUGUGAGUUCAUCAGAUGACUGCGACCCACAUGAGGGAAUCCAUGAAGGAAAAGAGGGCAAGUAUCGCCUGCAGGUGACUCAGUUUGUCCAAAGGUUGGAGUACUGGCACAAGGAGCUAACAAACACCUUGGUUACCUCUAUCACCGUGGUGCCGGUCCAUGGCCGCGCCGUGGCGUACCUGGGCACUGCUGACGGACGCCACAUACAGGUGCUUUUCUCCCGAUUUGCCACCCCCCACGUCAACCUUCGCCUGGACUCGAGGCCCGUGUCCUCCAGCGUGGUGCUGCCGAAUGACGAUCACUCAGAUGGAGCUCUGCUUUUGGCCACAGGAAACAAGAUCACUAAGGUCCCUCUUAUUGGACCCGGCUGCAGUCAGCUGACUUCAUGUACUUCCUGUUUGCUGUCGUCGCGGGUGACAGAAUGCGGCUGGUGUGACGGACGCUGCACCAGAGCCGACCAGUGUCCCUCGUCCUCCGUGUGGACCCAGGACUACUGCACACCUGUCAUCACUAAGGUUUCGCCGACUUCCGGACCAAUACGAGGCAAUACAGUAGUGACCAUUUGCGGGCGCAACUUUGGCUUCGACAAGACGGAGAACUUCAAGGCGUCUCUGGUGACGGUGGAGGUGGCCAGAGCUCCCUGCAAACUGCCCAGACAAGACAGCAUCAACAGGUGGACUGAGAUGCAGUGUUCCCCAGUGUUCAGUGGGAACUUCACCCCAUCAGGACACACGGUGAAAGUCACCAGUGGCCACAAGGUAGCCAAGAUCGAAGGCUUCACCUUUGUGGACCCCGUGAUCACUGAAAUCUUCCCGUUAUUCGGGCCAAAAUCCGGGAACACCAUGCUGACCAUCAGAGGAGCCUUCCUGGAUACUGGAAACAAGCAAGAAGUGCAUGUGGGGAAGGCCAUCUGUAAGAUCCAGAGCUUGACUUCCAACAUGCUGACCUGUAAGACGCCUCCGAACGCCGUUCCCUCCAAGCAACCUGUGAAGCUGACGGUGGACUCGGUGGAGCGCCACGCCCCGGUCCUCUUCACCUACAACCAAGACCCCAUCAUCAACGGCAUCCAACCCUCACGCUCCUUCAUCAGCGGAGGCUGCACGGUGUCGGCUCACGGCUUCUUCCUCCAGUCUGGCCUCCAACCCCAGAUGGUCCUCACCACCGCUCAGGAUGCGGAGGUCUUCCACGUGAGUUGUGUGUACGGGGAGAACCGGACAUCCAUCCAAUGCACCACGCCAUCUCUGGCCAAACUGGCCCUGCCGCCGCCAGUGGUCACCAAGGUGGCGUUUGUUCUGGACGGCUACUCCACAGAUCAGUGGGAUCUGAUCUACGUGGAAGACCCCCUUUUCCAGGAUCCCAAGCUUACCUCCAAGGAUAACAAAAGCAUUGUGGAGCUAAAGGGCGACCGGAUGGACAGGGAAGCCAUGAAAUGUCAGGUUCUGACUGUUUCCAACCACAGCUGUGAGAGUCUGAUUCUUAUUGGAAACACUCUGGAGUGCACCGUUCCCACCGAGCUGAAUGCCGCCACUGCCAAGGAGCUGCAGGUGGAGUGGCGCCAGGCGGACACCAUCAGACAUCUGGGCAAGGUGACGCUGGCUCAGGAGCAGGACUACACAGGCCUUAUCGUAGGCUGCGUGUUAGUCACCUUGCUGCUGCUGCUGCUGGGAACGCUGCUCAUGUGGAGGAGGAACAAACACAUCGAUGAUAUGUCUGAGGUGUGGUAUGAUGGCCGGGGUCACAUCCAGCAUCUGGACAGGCUGGCUAAUGCAAGGAGCGUCAGCCCCACUAACGAAAUGGUCUCCCACGAGUCAGUCGACUAUAGAACAAACCUGCUGGAGGAUCAGGGUACCGACAGGCCCGAGACGUGCAGGGGAGCCCCUCCCAUCUACGGAGGCAACGGGGAGCUGUUGUCCCCCAGGCUCGGGGUACUGGGAGGUGGGAUGGGUCACGGAAUGGAGGGCGAGCUGGUGUCGCCCCUGCUGAUGGUGCCGGUUCACAUCGACCCAUCCUGUCUCCACCCGGACCUGCUGACGGAGGUGCAGCAUGUGGUGAUCGCCAGGGAACAGCUGCUGCUUCACCUUAACCAAGUCAUCGGAAGAGGUCACUUUGGCUGCGUUUUCCACGGUACUCUGCUCGAGCCAGACGGGCAGAAGCAGCACUGCGCCGUCAAGUCUCUGAACCGCAUCACCGACUUGGAAGAGGUGUCCCAGUUCCUGAAAGAAGGGAUCAUCAUGAAGGACUUCAGUCACCCCAAUGUCCUCUCGCUUCUCGGGAUCUGCCUGCCGCCCGAGGGCUCGCCGCUGGUGGUUCUGCCCUACAUGAAGCACGGAGACCUGCGGAACUUCAUUAGGGAUGAGGGACAUAAUCCGACGGUGAAGGAUCUGAUGGGCUUCGGGCUGCAGGUGGCCAGAGGGAUGGAGUAUCUGGCAAGCAAGAAGUUCGUCCACAGAGAUCUGGCUGCCAGGAACUGCAUGCUGGAUGAGAGCUACAUAGUGAAGGUGGCAGACUUCGGCCUGGCCAGAGACGUUUAUGAUAAAGAAUAUUACAGCGUCCACAACAAGAGCGGAGUCAAGCUGCCUGUGAAGUGGAUGGCUCUGGAGAGUCUGCAGACGCACAAGUUCACCUCAAAAUCGGACGUGUGGUCGUUUGGCGUGUUGCUAUGGGAACUGAUGACCCGUGGAGCGCCGCCUUACUCCGAUGUGAACUCCUUCGACAUCACAGUGUUCCUGCUGCAGGGGAGGAGGCUGCUGCAGCCCGAGUUCUGCCCCGAUGCUCUCUACACGGUGAUGAUCGAGUGCUGGCAUCCGAACCCGGAGCGUCGGCCCUCCUUCUCCGAGCUGGUGUCGAGCAUCUCCGCCAUCUUCUCCAGCUUCAGCGGCGAGCACUACGUCCUGCUCAACACCACAUACGUCAACAUCGACAAGAUGAGCCCCUACGCCUCCCUGCUCGCCUCCUCUUCCCCAACCGCCACUUCCCCCUUCUCGUCUUCCACGUCCGACCCUUCCACCUCCACGUCGCUACCGUCGCAUUCCACCCUCUGUUGCCACGUGGAGCGAGACUGUUGCACCUGAAGGAGGAGAAAUGGAGGGAAGGAAGACGGCAGUAUAAAAAAACAAAGACUCGGAAAGAGAGAGAAACAGAGAGAAAGCGAAAAAGGAGGAAAAUAUAAGGUGAUGAAGAAGUUUGAGAACUACUGUAUGUACUUACCAAACACUGGACACUGUAUGCUGAGGAAAAACACAGUUUAUGGAACUUUAGCUGUUCACUCAAUGUACAUAGAUCAUCCACCUUUGUCCUUCUCGAGCAUCACCGAACUUCUAGGGCUGACCUUAUCGAUUUCCACCAACCUUUCUGACCUUUCAUCGACCCCCCCUCCCCCUCCUCAAGGAGCGUGAGGUCAGCUUUCCUGCGUCCCCCCCUUACAAGACAAUUACAAGACAAGGGGAACGCCUCCUCGAAAGACUUCCAGCAGACAAAAGCCACUGUCACAGAAGCACAACCGAACAAGCCGGUCAUCAAACACCCAAAACGACUCAUUGACUGCUGCGCCCACGCAAAGCAGGAAGUGGGAGGACAGAUUUCAUGUUUCCCGGGUGGCAUGUGCUUCGAUACACGCAAACGAGGCUCGGACCUUUGACUCUAUCUGUAAUGUGAAUGUUUCGACAAAUGGCCAUGUAUUGUGUUGUAUAAAAAAAAAACUUUUAAAAAAAUGCCACCUUUGCAUGCCCCCGCGCCUGCAUUCAGAGCGAAUGAAGCCUGCAAUGACAGAUUCCGAUUUUAGCGCCUCGGGUGAGUAAGCCGAAGCACUCUGGAUGCCGUUAAAGACAGGAAACGGGGGGGAAUGGCAGGUGAAGGUGUAAGGUGGGAUGUGUAAAACAAACCUGCUGCCUGUGUGCAGUUCACUGGAUGCUUUAUUCAUAUAAUUACCUGUGGAAGAUUAGCCGUUGAUAUGCUCGGACAAAAAAAGACUGGUUGCCUCACCGUGACUCACCUGCGUGGAAUCCCCAGAUGUUUAUGAUUGAAAAGGGUUAGAAGCAUCUUUUCUUUUUCUUUUCUUUUUUUUUUUUUUUUUUUAAAGAACUGUAAAGGUCGUGAAAACAGUACAAGUCUAACCACACAACAUGCACACAGUGAAAGCAUUGAGAUACACUUGGAAAGAAACAGAAGAAGAAGAAGAAGGAGAACAAAUGAGAACCAUGUCUUGAGGUUUUGAUGAACUGUCCAAGUUGCUUACUGUGCAUCUGUUUUACAUAAGUUAGAUUUUAUUGAAAAAGAAACAUGCUGUACUUAAUAAAAUUAUACACCUAGGCAAAAGACAUGAGGGCUCGCAGCCAAAUAGCUAAAAAAAACAAAAACCUCUUUAAUCUUCAAUGUUUUAUUGAUUAAAUAACUUGUGGUCGAAAUUUCAACUUCAAGAGUUUGUUGUUCCAUAAAGAUUUCACUCAGAGCUUUGAGUAAAUAUUAUUCCUCAAAGCAUCGUUGUGCUCAUCUGGCUUCAACCCACGAGUGUGUCAAUAUGUGACAGUGACAGCCGCGUAUCACUGUAUCUCUAAUAACAUCUGUGCAGUCAUGUGAAGAAAUGUUUUAAUACAACACCACAGCAGAGUGUUUGCAAACGUUGGCCUCCUAACGACCAAAAUCAUCUUUAAUUUACACUUCUUUUUUUUUUUUUUUUUUUUUUACCACUUUCAAAAAGCAUGUUACACAGUUUUUACAUUUAUAGAAGUUUUGACCUUUCAGGUAACCAUUGGCUUCCAUUCAUUUAAAAAUAAUACUAAAGUCUUUAAACUGAUUGUUGAAACUUUCUUGAAAAAACAAUCUCUGUAAAAAAAUGUUGUCAAUAUUACAUUAUUGUUGUACAUUGUGUUUUAAAUGCAGUUAAAGUGCAGAUUAGGUUGUUUUUUUUAAAAGUGUGCACUACAUUACUUCAUAAUGUAACAUCGGGUUGAGUAUUGACGACUGAAGAAUCUCCUGCUAAUGAGGGGAAGUGGGGUGAAAUGUAUUCAUGAAUUGUAUAGAAAUCCUUAUCAGUCUGCUGCAGUGAUUCACAAGUAAUGUCAAAAAAAUGUGUAAAUAUGAGCUGAAAACACACAAACCAGAGCCCCCUUUUAUCUUUGUUGUGUAGCAGAUUCUUUUUUUUUUUUUUUUUUUUUGAAUGGCUGCUGAUGUGACUGGGCCAUUGAAAGAGACAGGUAUGAAUGUUUGCUAUGACAAGAAAAUUGCUGUACUAUAUUUUUGUAUUGAUGAUGGAGCUUCUUCUUCAAAUCUGGUCACGAAUAAGAGACGACCAGCGGUGAGCGAACAGCGACCGCAUACAACGAACAAAAGCCACCUAAUCAAGAUGAACCACUGCCAUAUUGUAAAUAAAGAGAGUAAGAGAAGAGGAGGGGGGGUGGGGGGGGGGUCGUAGGGAUCUGUGCGUGGGUCUGUCUGAUAAACACGUGAGUUAGACGCUCGAUCAUGGCUGUAGCUAACGUCACCUCACAUCUCACACGACACUGCUGUCACUUUGAUCAUGUGAUUCUCCACCACUUUGCCCCCGUGCUUAACACUGUCCGUUCUAUGUGAGUGUGUAUGUAUGUAUGACUUUUGUUGUCCUAUGAAAAAAAAUAAAAAUCCUGAGGUACAUGUUGCUAUGUAAUGUCAAAUCAACUUUGUCAGUGUAAUAAAGCUAUACUAUCA